AUGAUACCUCUCACCGUCGAGUUCUCUGGCGGCCUUGAAAUGCUCUUCUCCGACGAGCGAAAGCACAAAAUCGAGGUCCCUGCCAAAGACGACAAGGGAAACGCGGUCACAGUCGGAUGGCUAGUCGCCUAUCUCUGCGAGGAACUCAUGAAGGAUACAAGAAAGGAGAUGUUCCUAUUGGACGGUCACGUCCGCCCGGGCAUCCUGGUCCUCAUCAACGACGCUGACUGGGAGCUGGAAGGGGAAGCCACAUACGCCCUGCAAUCCAAUGACAAUAUUCUUUUCGUCUCAACUCUCCAUGGAGGCUGA